UUCGGUUAAAUAAUUUGACGACGUUAAUAAUUCCGUCAGUUAAAUGGAUGUCAUUCUGAUGAGGCUGCCACGUCAUGGCCACGUCAUUCCCACAUAGACCCCCACUGCCACAUAAUCGCCACAUCACAUUUUCAAAUAAAAAAACAUAAAUACACUUUUGUGGAUCGUAUUUUUCUUCCUCUUCACAAAUUUUUAAUUAAAAAUUUCCUUUGUUCUUCGCCGGUUCCAUGGUUGGGUAUUGGCAGGAGAACAACCACCGGCACCUACUGGCUGUUGAUGGGUUCAUCUUCAAUCGCCGUCAUCUUUGAUUCAUUACCGCUCUCAAUCCCACGAUUCAUCAUCACCAAAUGAGAAGAAAGUGUUGCAAUUGCAUAUGGUGCUGGUGGUGAAUGUUUCUCAAAUCGAGGAGAUGGGAACAACAAUUUCGCCGCCGCAUCGCCUACGUUACUCCACCAACCAACGUUCAACCCUUUCUUGCAGAUCUGACAUCACCGGCGUCGCCGACUCAUCCUUCUUGCCGAUGGUGUUGUUGCAAGAUUUAUCUCAGCGUCGGGAGGGAGUUUCAGUUCCGCCGCCGCUACCGCCGAUGUGGAAUCUUCCCAAACCGACAACACCCAGCCACUACCUCGUCACCGUACCCACAAGUACAGCUGACACCGACGACGCUUUGUCUCCUCCGGCUGCUUCAACUUUCCAGAUCUCGCGAAUUCAGAGCCCGGAGCUCUGUCCCUUCAAUGGCGAUUCCCAGAAAUCGGAGGAGCAAUCCGCUCGUUCUCUCCCUCAUCAGAUCCCAGUUGAUAAAUUAGGUCAGCAAAGAUGAGGGUCGUUCUCCCCCUUGCUCGAUGUCGCCUUCUUCCUCUACUUCUCUGCUUCAACGACGAUGGCGUGAGUUUGGUGAUUGGGAAUCAUCUAGAUCUGAAGGUUAGUUUCUGUGGUGGGGCUUGAGGGAGGAGUGUGAGGAGGCGGAGGGCGGCUUUGGCGGCGGUGACAAAUACGGCGGAGGAGGAGAGGAAGCUUUUGGAGAUCGAGAUUUUUGGCAGAUUGAAGGUUUGUGCGGUGGUAGAUGAAUGGGGUUUGGGGGGAGUUGGAGGAAAGAUGAAAAAGGGGCGGAGAGAUGAAAAAAAAUUCUUUUUCUUU